AUGCCACAAGAGUUAAAGAAUAUCAUACAAUCAUUCAAAUAUGAUGGCCAAGACCCAGAAAUUGACAUCAAGUUGAAAAAUGCCAGAGUCAGCAAGAAACCAUCUGUGAAACGGAAUUCAAGUCCUAAAAAGACGAUAAAACAGGUUGUAACUGAUACUACCGACUUACCUGAUUUGCGUCAAUCUUUAGGCUCCAACUUGACUGUAUUGUUCAUAGGAUUCAAUCCAGGGGUUCAAUCAUCAAUACAACAACAUCAUUACGCCCACCACUCAAAUUUAUUUUGGAAAUUGUUCAAUCAAUCAAAACUAUUGGAGAAAACAGUGGCAGGAAAGAAGAAAGAUGGGGUUAUCAAUAAUGAAACCGAUAACAAUGAUCAUUUACGCAGUCUACUCGAUAAUGGAUGCUCGGCUAAGGAUGAUUUCGAUUUGAUACAUUAUGACAUAGGAUUUACUGAUUUGGCUUUACGAUGCACAGCAACAGCAGCUGAAUUGACCACCGAGGAGAAAUUGCACAAUAUUCCGCGUCUAUUGCAAGAGAUAAACUCGAGUCAUCCUGAAAACGUGGUAUUAAUUGGUAAGGGUAUAUGGGAGGUGUUUGUCAAGUACUAUAUUUCUGAAUUGGGGAUGAAGUUCAAGUUGAACAAAGACAAUUUUCAAUGGGGUAAACUCAAACUUGGAGCUGAUAAACAGUACAACAGAAUAAUUGAACAACUACUUGCACAAAUACCUCCUGAAACUUCUGUUUACGUAUUUCCAAGUACAUCUGGAUUAGUUGCAAGUAUGUCUUUUCAAGAAAAGUUGAAUCUUUGGCAAAGUCUAGCAAAUAAUAUACAACAUUGA